GAAAAACUUGCAUCACCUGCAAAGCGGCAACAGGGUUUGAUAGCGCGCGCUCUGAAGCCUCAGUGAGCUGUCUCUGAAGCUUCCCAAGCUUGUCUGCGGCGGUGCUACUCCUGGCCGUGGAAGAGUGCCGCCGCUGCGUGCCUUUGCUCCUCGUGGAAGACUCCAUCGCAAGCGCAUAUGCGGUUCCGACUUCUGCGAUCUCAAGACUCAAGAUGAGGUUUGUGAGGCCAUACCAAUUGUUUCUUAAUACGAUGGAGACUAAGGGGAAACGUGGGCGGUUGCUUGGUUUAGAUGUUGGCGAUAAAUAUGUUGGGAUUGCUGUUUCGGACCCUGGUAAUAAAAUUGCCUCUCCUCUCAGUGUUCUUGUCAGGAAAAAGACAAAUAUUGAUUUAAUGGCCUCUGAUUUUAAUGUAUUGAUUUCUAAUUUUUCUUUGAAUGGCUUUGUCGUUGGUGUUCCAUUUGAUAGGCAACGAGUUCAUUCUGAGGCUGUACAAGUAAAGGCCUUCAUUGAUGAGCUCAGUAGAACGGGAAAGCUUGAAGGUCUACAAUUUACAUAUUGGAAUGAGUGCUUCACGUCAAAGAAUGUAGAGUUGCUUCUAAAGGAUUUGGAUAUAAAUCCAGUUCAGUCCAAGACUAUGCUUGACAAGUUUGCUGCUGUUGGAAUACUUCAGGGGUACCUGGACUUUGCUAAUAGAAAAAUGAAGCAGGAAGUCAAAGAAGAACUCGCCAAAUAAGGGAGCGCUUUCAAGCAUUUUCAAUCUUGCGAUAUAAAUUUUUACAUGAUUGUAACUUGUCCAAACGCUUUUGUUUUUUGUUAUCCUUGUGUAUACUUGUUUAAAGCGUUUUUUUUUUCCUUAGCUAAAUUAGUUUAUUUUUUCGUGCGUCAUGCAAAAUUGAACCCUGAACCUCGUUACUUUCAACCCAUCCUUAACACCACUAAA